UUUCAAGUCCAAAGUCCGCACAGAGAAAGUUGCUGUGAAACUGCAACGUGUGGAGGUUUUGAAAGGAAUGCCAUUCACCAACGCGAAUAAGGACGUUGUGUGCCAGGUGUGGGUGUCACAGAAGGAGUACCGAUUCUUGUACGAAGUGAGGAAUGGUUUGGUCCCACAAGUGCAGCAGCUGUUGGAAGAUGUCCUGUGGCACAAGGGGCUGUAUGACCCAGAAGGACAUCGUGGUCUGAACAGCUUUCUUGAAGAGCAAGAAAUCGCCAUCGCAUCUGAAAUUGAGGGGUUUCGCCUGUUCAAACGAAAACCAGACAGCCACAGGCUUGUCCAUGGCCUGGUGAGGAUUAACCUCCUCAAGACAACCAUUGAGAUUGUAUCCCCUGCAAGUCGAAAAUGGUUUGGUACCGGACGCUGCGUGGACGUCCCUGACUUGCAUACAGCUGUCACCCAUUUUGGGGGGGGGGCAGAACAAUGGCCUCUCGUCCCCACCAACUCGCGCUACCUCCGGUUCCGAGACAAUGCAAACGUUGAUCCACCAACAAGCUUCCAUGGUUCAAUGAUGAGUCCAGACCAUGAGAGUGCAGAUGCUGAGGAUGCUGAUCCUUUUUGCUCAAGAGCAGUUGGGGAGCUUUUGGACCCCGAAACUGUCCAGGACGACGACAAGGGGCUGUGGGGAGACAUGUGGUGGGAGCAUGGCGCUUUGAAGUCCCUUGUUCGGAUGGUGUCCACCCUGGUUUGGCCCAAUGGUUCAGAGCUUUUCGAGCUUGCCCGCCGUGCCGCCCUGGUGCUGCUAUCACAGGCAUCUGUGGGAUCACCUGUAGCAGACACAUUCAUGGAAACAGUCACCGCUGUUGUCCAGGAGAAGGGAUCAGAAUGUCUUGCUGUGUACAAGCUUGUCUUGGCGCUCUUGGACAGACCUGCAGUGAAGCAGGUACAGAUAACAAUUCAUGCUGAGCUGUUGUUUUCCCUGCACAGUGUUCAACGAUGCCUGUGGGUCAGUCACCAAAAGUUGGGCAGCCUUGCUUGCCUCCUUGCGAGGCUGGUUCAAGGGCUCAACAAUUGA